AGCACAGGAAAAGUCAAACAGUUUAACAAACUGAUUUCGUUUAUCGUGCUUUCUUAUACCUAAUAAUCAUAGCAAAGAGAAUUUGUGAAUUUUCGGGCACAGAAAAUAUUGGUUAAUUUAAUAUUAAGCUUCUAGUUUCCCAAAAUGUUCCAAACUUAAAUUUUUUAUAAUUUAAAACAUUUAUUUGAAUCUUAUUUAAGGCAAAUUUUCGAAAAAGGGCUACAAGUAUUUGUGAGUGUGGCAAUAUAGUACAUUGGGUAAUAAUUCCAUUCCUUCUUUUCGAGUGUUCCAUUGUAUAUUUGUAAAUGAAUUACCACCUAAAUUUCGCGUUCAGUGCAAGUGUUGGCAUAUGAUGGCAUUAACAAAGCGGAUUAAAUGUUUUAAAUAUUUAGUUUACAGCUACGUCGUGCUCUUAAUGGUAACUGGUGCUGCCCAAAUUCUAGUAGGCACAAUUUUGUUAUGGGGUCAUUCUGGAUAUUACGGUAUUGUUCAAAAUAAACUAUGGGCGCCAGCCGCAAUACUUUUGUGCUUGGGACCAAUCACAUUUCUCCUUUGUUGGAUGGGAUGUCAAGCCACAAACCAAAGGAAGCGAUGUUUAUUAGGAACGUUCAUAGCGGCGCUGGUGACAUGCAUUUGCUUUCAAUUCUUUAUAUGUGGAUGGUCGUUAGCGAUGCGCGAAAGCCUUCCAACUUCUGUAGAGAUUUUUAUAGAUGAUUCAUUUGUUGAAUUUCUUGACAAAUUUUCUAGGACAAAGGUUGAUAAUUUGCAUUUAUGGAACCGUAUGCAAUCACAGUUACAGUGCUGUGGAGUAGAUGGGCCCCUGGAUUAUCGUCGCCUCUCCCUUCCGUGGUCUUGCUGCUCUCGACCAGAACAUGCUUAUGAGUCCGCAUGUGACACUCAUUAUAAACGAGGUUGUUUAUCCGUUGUAUCUGAGCAAAUUAGAAAUCGGUUACUAUUUACAUCACUAGGCUCCGCAAUCAUAGCCAUUGCACAGAGUUUGGGCCUGUUUUGUGCAGUUCAUUUAGCAAUUUUGUUUGGAAAAAGUGAAAAUAAUCAUAAUAUUAACAAUUUAAGCAAAAAACGUCAACAACAAUUUCUUCCUUUAUCGAUUCAAGAUAAACGACAUGAUAUGCCCUCCCCUCUUAGUCUUUCACCUUCAGCCCCAGGUCAUCGGAUUAUUAAAACUUCAAAGCCACCAACUAUACCGAAAUGACAGACAAUUAGUUUUUAAAAUGAAAAAAUAACUUAAUUCUUUACAUAUUGUAAACUGAGAUGGAAUGUAGAUAAUUGUGACCCUCAA